AUGGUGUUAUCUCUCAACGACACGGGGACCCAGGUGACUGAGUUUCUGAUGAUCUGCUUUCCAGGCAUGCAGGAUACACAGCACUGGCUGUCUACUGUCUUGGCUCCUCUCCUGGUUUUGGCCCUCGGGGCCAACUUUGUGCUACUGCUUGCCAUCUGGCAGGAGGCCUCUCUGCACGAGCCCAUGUACUACCUGCUUGCCAUUCUCUCUGCGCUGGACGUCAUCCUCUGCCUCACCGUCAUCCCCAAGGUCCUGCUCAUCUUCUGGUUCAACAUGAAACCCAUCAGCUUUGCGGGGUGCUUCCUGCAGAUGUUCAUCAUGAACACAUUCCUCCCCAUGGAGUCCUCCACCUUUCUGGCCAUGGCCUAUGACCGCUAUGUGGCCAUCUGCCACCCACUGCGCUACCCGUCCGUCGUCACCGAACGGUUUGUCAUCAACGCGGCCCUCUUCAUCGUCUUCCGCAAUUUGGUGGCUACUCUGCCUACCCCGGUUCUGGCCGCCAGGCUCAACUACUGUGCCAGCAAUGUGGUGGAGAACUGUAUCUGUGCCAACAUUUCUGUAGCCAAGCUCUCCUGUGGGGAUAUUCACCUAAACAAGCUCUACCAGUUCGUGAGUGUUUGGUGCCUUCUGGGCUCUGAUCUGGUCCUCAUCUUGCUACCCUACUGCUUCAUCCUGAGGGCUGUUAUGCAUCUGCAGUCGGGGGGUGCAGCCACCAAGGCCUUGAGCACUUGUGGUUCUCAUCUCAUCCUCAUACUUUUCUUCUACACCUUGCUGCUUGUCUUCAUCUUCACAAACAAGGCAGGCAAGAAGGUGCCCCCGCAGGUGCCCAUCCUCCUCAAUGUUUUGCACCACCUCAUCCCACCAGCCCUGAACCCCAUUGUUUAUGGAGUACGAACCCAAGAAAUCAAGCAAGGGAUCAUCAAGCUACUCAAGUACCAUCGCUGA